AUGGAUGGUGAUUCAUCAGCUCAAGCCAAUGAGACCGGCAUCGCGACUCGGCCGUCUGAAAUCGGCUCCGGAAGCCGUCCGGCAGUUGCGGAGCCGCCGAAAACCCGGGCCUGUGCCAACUGUGCCCGGCUAAAGAUGAAGUGUCGAUGGCCGGCAUCCGGCGCGGGCCACUUGCAGGACACCAGCUGCAUCCGAUGCGGCCGCAUGAAGAUUCCGUGCCAUGUGCCGGCGCCGGUGCAGCGUAGGAAGAGGGGAAAGUCGACGCGCGUGGCCCAGCUUGAGAAGAAGAUUGACAGCCUGGUGUUCAUGAUUGCGUCUACUCAGCAACUGCAGACCUCUGGAACACCCCCCUUGACUCCUGAAAGCCACGAUACAACUGUAGCCAAUGAUGUGUCAAACAUAUCACAACCGCAAGAUGCAGUGCAAAAGUCACAGUCAACCCAAGCUGCCCCCAAAGUCCCCCAUUUCCCACUCGCUAUUCCCUCCGACUCUUCGACAACGUUUCAGUUGAUCCCGGGUUUCAGCUUCACCUUGGAGGAGGCUCAAUCAUACUUUAACAUCUACCGGCGUGAGUUUAUGCCCAACUAUCCUUUCGUCAUCAUUCCGGAAGACAUGGAUCCGCGCCAUUUAUAUGCGACAUCGCGAUGCCUCUUUUGGACCAUUAUGGCCGCAGUGGCUCCCCAAUCAUCGGCAACUCAGCAGGGUGUUGAGAAUUGGUUCCGUCAGUACAUUGCCGAUAGGAUGGUUGUGAAGCAAGAGAAGAACUUGGCGCUUCUGCAGGCUAUUCUUAUUCACCUGGCUUGGGCCGAUUUCCAUUUCUACAUGAGGACAGAAGCGACAAACUUUGUGCAUUUAGCCACUGCGCUGGCUAUGGACUUGAAGCUGGACAAGUCACCGGAAACUACCAGAUUGCAUCCCAAGUCUCUGUUGGGAGAGGCCUGGGCGACACUCAACAAAUGUGCACCCAAAGUUAAAAGCCAUUCUGCCGAUGAGAAACGGGCUGUUUUGGGACUUUAUCAUGCUACGUCGCUCAUCUCCGCUUUGUUCAAACGAGGAACUACUUUUCCUUGGAACAACCAUCUUUCACAAUGCUGCGAGUCGAUGGCAGAGUCUCCUCUAGACUCAGAUAUGUUUCUGGUGGCACUGGUAAGGAUGCAGCGCGUUGCUGAUCGUGCCUAUAGCAUGCUUCCUGGGUUUGAUGUGGUUGACGCUGGAUCCAGCGCCUACUUGUCGCCCCUGGACAUGGUCAUCAACAACGUUCGCCGAGAGCUUUACGAAUUCAUCUGCAUGCAACCUGAAAGUGUUAAGAACAGACACCUAUUCAAGGCGUAUUACCAUGUUACUCUGAUGCGCCUCGCCGAGCCAGCCAUCCCCACGCAGUCUCCUAACACUGUCGAAAUGGGUUCUUUACAUCCAGAGCCAUUGCAGCGCUUUGAUACCAUUUGGAAAUGCCUGCUCGCCGCUGUCGAUUUCUUCGAUGCCCUUUUCGCUAUUCACCCUAACGAGUUGCCCGGUCUGCCUGCCUCAGUUACAGGACUGCUAGCUUUUGCCAUUGUAACCAGCUCUCGCCUGCUCCUCUUGGAUCCAUCCAUCGACUGGCAACCCGUCAUGGCCCGCAGAAAGCUCGACUUUGCGGACGUGACGAAGCGUCUUAGCGAGCGGUUUGAAGAAGCAGAUACCUGGGCCAAGGAAGCUGGUCGCAGGCGACGCCUUUUAGACGGAGGCGAUGCCCAGUUUUGCAGACUGAGUUUCAAGCUUCGGUGGAUUCGACAGUGGUAUCUAACGCGAAUACCUUUGGAGCAGCAGCCGUCCAUGUCUGAGGUGCAACAGCAGCCUCCGGGCGAUUUGCUUCAGGACUCGGACGCUGUGUUCUGGCAGGAGUAUGAGUUUGAGGAUGCGCUUUGGCCGGAGUUUAUGACGACGUUUAAUCCGAAUUUCGCGGCAGUGCCUAUGACUGAGACGUAA